UGUUGAAAUGUUGAACUAUGUAAGAGUCUCCUAAAUCCACCAUUUUAAAAAGCUAAAAAAAAUUAAAACUUAUAUAAUUGCUCUCGUUGAGAGUCGAACUCAAGACCUCCCGCUUACUAAACGGGUGCUCUAACCAACUGAGCUACGAGAGCUUUGUAUUAAAAUAAUCCAACAAUAUUAUUUGUACUAAAACAGUUAAUAAAAGCAGGCCGUAAACCCGACCCGACCCAAAAAAAUCAAAACUAGAAAAAGAAGCAGAAGAAAGAAGAGAGAGAAAGAACUGAAAAGAAAAAUGGAAGACGACGAAGAACCACCGGUAGCCAUUGAAAUCGAUGAAACCAUCUCAUACCAAAACCUACAAAACGACGAAGUUUCAGUCGUCGGCGUCACCGUCAUCACCGGUUACCUGGGUGCCGGAAAAUCCACUUUGGUGAAUUAUAUAAUAAAUUCGGAACAUGGGAAGAAAAUAGCAGUGAUUUUGAAUGAAUUUGGGGAAGAAUUAGGGGUUGAAAGAGCUAUGAUCAAUGAAGGUGAUGGUGGUGCUCUUGUUGAAGAAUGGGUUGAGCUUGCUAAUGGUUGUAUUUGUUGUACUGUUAAACAUAGUCUUGUUCAAGCUUUGGAGCAGCUUGUUCAGCGUAAGGAAAGGCUUGAUCAUAUAUUACUCGAGACAACAGGCUUGGCAAACCCAGCUCCUCUUGCAUCUGUCCUUUGGUUGGAUGAUCAGCUGGAGUCUUCUGUUAGGCUUGAUUCGAUCGUCACUGUUGUUGAUGCCAAAAAUCUCCCUUACCAGCUCAAGCAACGUGAUGAUUCAUCUUCUUUUCCUGAAGCUUAUUAUCAAAUAGCCUUUGCGGAUAUUAUUAUACUGAAUAAGGUUGAUUUGUUAGCUCGAGAACAACCUGAAGGUACUCUGGAAGACUUGGAGAAGGAGAUACAUAAGAUUAAUUCUCUUGCUAAUGUCAUCCAUUCAGUUCGUUGUCAAGUUGACUUGUCUAAGAUAUUGGAUUGCCAUGCUUAUGAUGCUACACAUGCCUCUCAUUUGGAAGCCUUAUUGGAAGAAAACAAAUCUUUAUCUACUGGGGAUCUUCAUGAUGCUAGUAUCAGGACCCUAUGCAUAUCUGAGCCACAAGCGGUGUCUCUUGAUAAGGUUCGCAUAUGGCUUGAAGAGAUUCUUUGGGACAAGAAAGGUGGUAUGGAUGUCUACCGCUGCAAAGGAGUUUUAAACAUUUCAGAUUCUGAUGAACUCCAUACCCUACAGGCUGUGAGAGAAAUAUAUGAUAUCGUUCCUUCCCGUGCAUGGAAAAAUGAAGAAACUCGAAUGAACAAAAUUGUAUUUAUCGGUCAAUGCUUAGACGAAGAAAUUCUGGCUGAUUCUUUUAAAUCCUGCAAGGUAACCAGCUAAGAUUUGUGUUUCAAGUGUUGCUCAGUUGAGGAUGAUUUGAUAUUAAAUAGGUUGACUAGAAAUACUUCUACAAUAUGAGUUCAUACUUGCUUGACUUGGUAGUUCUCUGCCUUCAUUUUGGUUGCUGUAGCCUUGAGUAUUGCUAUGAUCCUUUGCAAUACAGUUAUACUGUAGCUUUGAAUACCAUGGAUAACACAGAGUUGUACAUUAGUUGUUUACCGGAGAUAAUUGUUGUUGACGAAUUUUUUACCUUUUCAACGUCUGCAUUGGAAGAACUCUUGGACCAAAAUUUCGGAAA